AGGAAAACGACGCAGGUGUGCGGGGCGGAGUCGACGGGGUGUUCCUUGGGUGUCGACUGCUGAAACAAGUGACGCUGACAGUCAACAACAUUCGGUCCACACGUCUGGUCGUCGGUUGGAGAGCGUCUCUGCUAUUUCCUUGGGCCUGCAUUCUUCAGCAAGAUGUCAAAGCAGAAGACUGUGUUUGUGACGGGUGGCACAGGCUACAUUGGGUCCCACUGCAUUGUUGACCUGCUGAAUGAAGGAUAUGAAGUCAUUACCAUUGACAACCUCACCAACAGCCGUUCUGGAGCACUCAGAAGGGUUGAGGAGAUAACUGGCAAGAAAGUCACCUUCUAUGAGUGUGAUCUUCUUGAUGGCGAGACUGUGCACAAAAUAUUUGCCAAGCACAAGAUUGACUAUGUUAUUCAUUUUGCUGCCAUGAAGGCUGUUGGGGAGUCCAUGCAGUUCCCUUUGAUUUAUUACAAAAAUAAUGUGAUUGGUACCAUCAAUCUUAUUGAGGCAAUGAAGGCCAGCAAUGUGUACCAGAUGGUGUUUUCUUCCUCGUGCACUGUGUAUGGGGACCCAGAACACUUGCCUAUCACAGAGGAUCAUCCCACAGGAGCAGUUACCAAUGUGUAUGGUCGUACCAAGUACCUUAUUGAAGAAAUGCUUAAGGAUCUCUCCCGUGCUGAGGAGAAAUGGAACAUCAUAGCCCUAAGGUAUUUCAACCCUGUAGGGGCCCACCCAUCAGGCCGUCUGGGUGAAGACCCUACAAAGAACUUCACAAACUUGAUGCCAUACAUAGGCCAGGUGGCUAUUGGCAAGAAACCCAACUUGACAAUAUUUGGCAGUGAUUAUGACACCCCAGAUGGCACAGGUGUGCGUGACUACAUACAUGUGAUGGAUCUAGCCUCAGGCCAUGUAUCUGCCCUCUCCAAGCUGGACCAGGAGCAUCUCAGAUUCAAGCCUCUGAACCUGGGUCUUGGUCAUGGGAUAUCGGUACUGGAGUUUGUGAAGGAGUUUGAACGUUUGACGAAGGUUCACAUCCCUUAUGAAUUCGCUGGGAGAAGAUUGGGAGAUGUGGCAACUCUUGUUUGUGAUGGGAGCAGGGGCAUGAAAGAACUGAAGUGGCAACCCAGAAGGAGUUUUCAGGUGAUGUGUGAAGACUUCUGGAGGUGGCAGACCAUGAAUCCUGAUGGUUAUGUCAAUGAUGAACCCUUCCUAGCUUCAGUGCUGGAACAACCAAUGGCAGGGAAAACUGCAGAUGCUGCUUCAAAGGUUGCCAGUGCCUCUAAUGGUAUAGCUUCUGUCAAUGGAUUAAAUGGUGUUAAUGAUCACUGAAGAUCUUUAUGAAUUUCCUGAACAGAUUAAUGCAUGUGUGAGACUGGCUGUAUGAUGGCAUUCUGUGGUUAUGUACAGUAUUAGUUUAUUUAUCUAGUUAAUGUAAAAGUAAUUGUAUAUAUCAUAAUAAUUUUAAAGGGAAUUCAAGGGAAAUUUUACGAUAAUUUAAGGAUAAUACACCCAAGAAGCAAAUAUUUUUUUCUUCAGAUUUUUUAUUUCUUCUUAAUAAUACCUUUCAGUUAAAUGAACAAUGCAAAACAAAAGUUGUUGAAACAAGCUGAAACAGAAUUGCAAGCAAGUAGACUAUAUUUUUUGUAUUCAAGUGCCAUCAUAGAUGCUGUCUCAAUUGCAGUAAUGUUACCAACACCUGUGUGUUUGGAGAUAACAAUGGGCAUGUGGGAGUGGAGCACUUCACAGUGAUGAUGACCAUAUUGAGGUUAUCUGCUGGGAGACUGAUUUUACAGCUGAUGUGACAUGGCUUUUAUUACUUGAGAAACUUAUCCUGUUGAUGUUCAUUCACUUUAAACAUUCUUCCCAUGUCUACCUCGUGAAAUAUCCCUCCAGCUCCUCACUUUAUUUUCAAAUAUGUUGACAUUCCAGUUUACAUUUUAUUUAAAUAUUACAUACAUGACUUCAACAGGCAUCAGGCUUCUGUUAAAUUGUAUUCAGCACUUCUUGUGGUAUUAAAAAACAAGUGAUACAUAAUGAUUAGAUAUGCAACUCAUGGUGUCUCUGCAUCUUAUUUAUUACACAGGACCACAAUGAAGUUGCAUAAAAUUAAUCAACAGUUGUGCAACUUGCCUACAUUGUAGGAUUAAUGUAAAAUGCAUCAAGAGUAUUAUUACUGCAUCAUUCUAUAUCUAUGUACAGUAAUUUGUUUUUAGCACAAUUGAUUUUAUAUAAACACUACAAUAAAUGCCAUCCCUAAC